UCUGAGGACCAGCGAAGGUGUGCCCGACGGGCCUGACAGAAAAUAUAUUUUUAAUUUCCCCAGGUGCGUGAAAUUAAGUUGGAACAUAAAUGCAAAUAUAUUUUACUAAGGAGUCCGCAUUUGUAUUUUAGCGACGCUUUAUUUUCAAACAGGCGUACGCUAUGGGCAGCUUACCAUUGAGGCGCCAGACUCAAAACAGGAAAACAAAACGCAGUCAUCCAAUUUUUCCUACCGCUUGUCCCUUUCGAACAAGCUAACUAGUUUUUGUUGUCAAAUAUCGUUUAUUUUUUGUAGGCUUUAAAGGAAGUAAGCACAUAUCUUUCUGCAGUUUUACGGGCUGAUUGCGUCAUCGAGUUGAGUUAUUUUAAAAGGUUUCAAACUAAGCGUGCGUGAUGAAGAAGGUGAUCAAAGGCAGACAAUCCACGCGUGGGUCAGAGGAGUGUGGAGUGUGGCUGGACACCGCGCAGAUGAAAGGGGAAGCAAAGCAGAAAAGAGAACAAGUUCGCCCCAUCUCCAGGCUCCUAAACCCGCUGGCGAAGGGCGGCUACGGUCUGGCUGUGGCUCUCAACUUCACUCAGACCAAGAUGCAGAUGCCAGAGACCAAGCAGAGCUCCAUAGUCUCCUUCUUCUUGCCUCUGCACCCAGCUGGGAAGAGCGGCCAGCGGACCACAUGCUCGCCUGCAGCAGAACCUGCUCCUGAGGACCAAGGCAGCGUGGUGCCUGGUCAGGAGGCGGAGGAGCCGGCAGAAGAAAACUUCCUGGGGCUGGACAAAGUCAAAGAUCACCAGGAGAAAGAAAACAGCCCUUUAGCGUGGUCUUCCUCUCAGAGUCCCAGACCCCCGUGGAGGCCAAGGUCACCUGUGAAGGAGAACAUCCUGUCCAUGAGCAGGACUACAGUGAGGUGGUCUCAGCAUGGCGAGGAGGAGGAGGAGGAUCUGGCCAUGUUGUUCACGCAGGACUCAGAAGGCUUUCGGGUGAUCUCACACCGAGGUGUGCAGGAUCCUAGUCCACUUGAAGAUGGUUGCAGGUCUUCCUUUGAGGACCUUCUCUUCACGCAGGACACUCAGGGGAACAUGCUCACCAGGUUCCACAUCACACUGGAAGACACACACGGAACCAAAAAAACCACACAAGGAACCAGAAGAACACACAAGGAGCCACAAGAGCACACAAGGAGCCAGAAGAGCCCUCAAGGAGCCAGAAGAACACACAAGGAACCAGAAGAGCCCUCAAGGAGCCAGAAGAGCCCUCAAGGAGCCAGAAGAGCCCUCAAGGAGCCAGAAGAACACACAAGGAACCAGAAGAGCCCUCAAGGAGCCAGAAGAACACACAAGGAGCCAGAAGAACACACAAGGAGCCAUAAGAACACACAAGGAACCAGAAGAACACACAAGGAGCCAGAAGAAACCUCAAGGAGCCAGAAGAACCCUCAAGGAGCCAGAAGAACACACAAGGAACCAGAAGAACACACAAGGAACCAGAAGAGCACACAAGGAACCAGAAUAACCCACAAGGAACCAGAAAAGCACACAAGGAACCAGAAGAACCCACAAGGAACAGUAAGAACACACAAGGAACCAGAAGAACCCACAAGGAACCAGAAGAACCCACAAGGAACCAGAAGAACCCACAAGGAACCAGAAGAACCCACAAGGAACCGUAAGAACACGCAAGGAACCAGAAGAGCACGCAAGGAACCAGAAGAACACGCAAGGAUCCAGAAGAACACGCAAGGAACAGUAAGAACCCACAAGGAACAGUAAGAACCUACAAAGAAUAGUAAGAACACACAAGGAACAGUAAGAACCCACAAAGAAUAGUAAGGACACGCAAGGAACAGUAAGAACCCACAAGGAACAGUAAGAACACACAAGGAACCAGAAGAACACGCAAGGAACAGUAAGAACCCACAAGGAACAGUAAGAACACGCAAGGAACCAGAAGAACCCACGAGGAACAGUAAGAACCCACAAGGAACAGUAAGAACCCACAAAGAAUAGUAAGAACACACAAGGAACCAGAAGAGCACAUAAGGAAGCGUAAGAACACGGAACACAUUGUGAAAUGUUCUCCAACCUGAGGAACGUGUUCAUCUUUCAUUUAGUGGCAUAGCUGGAAAACUACUUAUGUUACAGCUUUAUUCCUUUUUAUUUUGGUCCUCAAAAUUCUACCCACAAUACCCCAUAAUGACAGAGGGAUUUUAUUAAAAGUAUUAAUACAUAUGCAAAAUACAUUUUAACACUGUCAUUAAGGGGAAUUGUGUGUAGAAUUUUGAGGGCUAUAAUGAAUUGAUUCCAUUUUGGAUGUCCUGCUCCGUAAUGAUGUGAACAAUCUUUUUGAAAUGUAUUACAAAUGAAAAAAAACAAAUAAGUCAUAUGUAAAUAAGUAUUAACACAUUUUUAUUAAUACAAUUGAUUCAUUUGUUAAAAUAGAAAGCGUAUUCACAUUGUCAUUAAGGGGUAUUUUGUGGAGAAUUUUGAGGGGAAAAAAUAAUUGAUUGCAU